CGCGCCGAGCCCAGCCCAGCCCAGCCGCACCGCACCGCGCCCGCAGGGGCCCGGCCGCCCCGCGCCUCCCCCGCCGCGCAUGGGGCGCGCAGCCUCCGCGGACGCGCAGCUGCCCCGCCGGCGCUGAGGGGCCGGGGCAGCCGGAGCGCCGACCCCCGCCGGCCCCCGCCGACCCCCGGGCAUGCCCGCCCCGCUGAGCCCCGCCGCUGAGCCCCGCCGCGGGCGCGGGGCGGCGCGCCCGGAUGGAGAGCUGAGGCGGUGAGAGCCCCGCCGGGCCGGGACGGGCGGGCCGGGAGACGUGACGAUGUGGAUGCGACGGCUCCCGGGAAGCAGGUCAAGUUGCCCGCUCGGAAGCCAUGCUUGGAUUUUAAUAGCCAUGUUCCACCUAGCCAUGGACCUCGCCAGCUGCCAGCCCCCAGCCAGCAGCGCCGGGGGGAGGCUCUCGCCACGGCCGGCGCUCCGGCACAGACUGUCCCGCGGCUCACUGUGGGGUGCGGGGAGCGGGGAGGAGCUGCGGCACCCUGGCCCCGCCUGGACCUGCGGCCCUGUGCCCUCCCCGCAGAGACCCCGCUCCCGCCGGCCGCCCCCUGCCACCCCGCUGCCCACCGGCCGCCCCCUGCGCCGGCCCCGCUCCCGGAGGGGCCGGCGGCACCUGCGCGGCCGCGGCUUCGCCCCACGGGACGGGCGGCCCACGGCGUUGCCCGAGGUCAUCGUCUGGGGCCCCACGGGCGAGGAGGACUCCCUGGAGAGCAGCACGCUGCCCGGCGCCUUCGCCACCACCACCGUCACCACCGCCGCCGCGACCACCACCACCACCACCACCGCCGCCGCCACCGCCGCCGCCACGCCGCCUCGCGCACCCCCCAGCACCCCGGCUCCCGCGCCUGGCGGGGACGUGCCCCGCAGCAGCCCCGGCCGCACCAGCACCGCUGAGCCGGCCGCCGGCCACAGCAGCAGCGGCAAGGAUGCUCGCCCGCCCCGCGGGCUGGGAGACAGCACAGGUCUGGCGGUUCAUCAGAUAAUCACUAUUACCGUGUCCCUCAUCAUGGUCAUAGCUGCUCUGAUAACAACGCUUGUCUUAAAAAAUUGCUGCGCGCAGAGCGGGCGCCCGCGGCGCAACAGCCACCAGCGCAAGCUGGACCAGCAAGAGGAGAGCUGCCAGAACCUGACCGACUUCGCCCCCGCCCGCGUGCCCAGCACCCUCGACAUCUUCACCGCCUACAACGAGACGCUGCAGUGCUCCCAUGAGUGCGUCCGGACCCCCGUGCCCGUCUACGCAGAGGAGGCGUUGCGCUCGCCCGGGGAUUAUAAAACAACCUUCAAUGGAAACAGACCCUCUUCUUCUGACCGGCAUCUUAUUCCUGUGGCCUUUGUGUCUGAGAAAUGGUUUGAAAUCUCCUGCUGACUGGCCGAAGCCUGUUUGACUUCUGGGGGCAGGGCAGACGCCAUCGGGCUGUUUCCUGGAUUCCAUUGGUGAACCUGUAAAAAAUAUAAAAAAUAAUGGGUUACCUGUACCUACCAUUUCUGUUUACCAGUAGGAGACUCAAAGAGCAGCAUUCUAUGGGCCAAAUAUAUUUUUAUAAAAAUGAACACGCCUAUAGGUAACUGCGUUUCUCAAAGAGUGUGUUUUUUGGAGAAGAGAAAGAAAAACGUGUGAGCAAAGAAUCCCAUGGAGGAAGAGGAGGCGGCGAGGGACUGAGAGGGAAGGACUGAGCGCCUGGAGCCUGGACGUGGACUGUGACUCUGAACCUGUGCCAAUAAUACCAUUAUGUGCCAUGUACUGAUGCAAAGACUUCGCGAGAAGCCGAAGCUAAGUCGGUAACGCCUAGAAACGUUGUGGAGGACGAGUGGGGUGUCUCUUCUGGUGGGGUCAUUCACGCCGGUCCAUACGCAUACAUACAUACGGUAUAUGUAGAGAGAAAAUAUAUAUAUACACACACAAACACUUUUUGUACUGUAGCAAUUUUUGAAGAUCUUAAAUACUCAUUUUUAAAGAAGAUGUCAUGGGCUAAAAGUCUCAUUUCUUUAACGUGCAUAAUACAAACUAGGUGAACCGAUGUUUUCUACUUUGGCAGCUUGCCUUUCAAACCUAUAUGUGUAUAUAUAGGUAGACAUAUAUACAUAUAUAUACGUGUGUGUGUGUAUGUAUAAACAUAUAUAUGUAUGUAUACAUAUAUAUAUAUAUAGUUUUGGUUCUUUUUGGAAACGCGUUUCCAGCGGUGGCAACGUGACUGGAGCGCAGCAGCGGGCGGUAGGGCCCGGCCGGGGCCGGCGUCGGUGCGCGCCGCGCUGCCGGCACGGCAGGCUGCUGGCGGGGAGCAGGGGAGAGGCUUCCGAAAACCAGGAGGAGCGCAGCUGCGCUGCCCCGCGGCUCCUCCAGCUCUGGAAGGGGUGGCGGAGCGCUCUGGAGGCUGGUCUGGAACGAAAGGAGAACGGAAGCGGGCUGGGAUUACAGGUAGAAGGAUGCGUCUGGGCCAAGUUCACAAAGUGCAUUCCUGCUGUAGGAGGUCAGAGAAGCGCGACGCCGCGGCGAGGGGAGCGGGCAGCCGAGGGGCUCCCGGCGGCCCCGGCGCUCGCAGGGCGCUCGGCCGUCGCAAGCCGCCUUUCCCCGGCGCGGGACGCCGCGUGCGCGGGGCGGACCCUGCUCCCGCUCCCCACGGCCCGAGUCGGGGACGGUGCUCGUGCACCGCUGUGUUCCCAGAGCAGCCGACGGCGGCGCGGGGCAGGGCGAGCGGGGGGCGUGCAGCAGGCAGCUCCCCUGGCUCCUGGCAGCUUGCAGCAGCUCGAGGUGGUGGCGAAGGGUAUUUCCAGACUUUUGUAGCCCGAUCCAUCAUCAAGGUAGAGAGAAAGAAGCCCAAAAGCCUGCACGUCUGCCUUUUGUUUCGCAGAGCUGCGGUCCCCGCUGUAUUAGGCGUGACGCCUCGGGUCUUGGGCGUGGAUUUUCAAAGGAUGGGCCUCUCAUGGCAGAAGAGGCAAAUUUCAGGAGUGGGAUGUGGGAGGGUUUUUUUGAAAAAAAAAAAAAGGCUUCUAAAUUGACCACGACACCAAAGCUUGCUUAGCCCUUUGUGAAAGACAAGAGAGGAACAAGCCAAUUGCCUCCUGACCCAGCCCAAGGCCAGCGAGCUCCAGGGAGCCUCUUCCUUUGCUCUCAUGGUCUUGGCCGGGUGUGCCAUGGCAGGAGAAGGUGCAGCCGGCCGUCCACAAUCACGGGGAUCAUUUAAUAGUAUUAAAAAGGGAAUUUUGCCAGGGAAGUACGGUUCCGCUGGCUCCAGUUUGGUGUGUUGCUCUGGAAACAUGUCCCAUCGCCCAUCCAGCUCCUGCUGGGGUGGGUGUUUCGGGUGGGUGCUGCCGAGCACGCCGGCCUACCUGCAAGCCCCUGUGUCCAAGUCUUUCCGUGGAGUUGGGUGCUGCCAUUGCUGCGGCAGUCCGUGCCGUGCCGUGCCGUGCCCCUCCAAAGCGGCGCAGCUGGGAGAGCCAGGCGGUGGGGGGGGGGUGGCAGCGGGCUAGGGUCUCCAGCCUGCCCAGUGUCUCGCCACGGUUUGCUUCUGCUCUUUGACACAUGCCCUGAUCCAAGCCCAGGCUUGCCCACGUUAGAUCAUGCCAAGGCAAAGCUUGCAGAGGGCUCCUGGGCAACUGCAGCGUACGGCUUCGUGUGAGGGUCUGCUUCCCAUCAAAUGCCGAGAUGGGUCUUGGUUGGGUUGCUUCGACGUUGUGUGGGUGGGAACGACAGCAGCGUUCAGACCAAAGUCCUCCAGUUCUUUUUGUAAACUGCCCUUCGUAAAUAUUAGCAAUUUUUUAGAGUUGUCCAGAUACACGUUUCUACUCAUCCACUAAUUAUUCAGCUCCGUUUCUUUACUAUAAUGAGCGUGCAGUUAGGAAAAAAAAGAAGCAGAAACUUCUGGUAUUGCGCAUAGCCACGUGUGUGGUCUUUUGUUUCCAUACCCUUUUCUGUCCUUCCUUGAUGGAAUUGCGCAGUCUGCUUUAUUUUUUCCCAAAUUUUUGGAGGCUGCCCCGGGAAGAUGUCUUCCUUGCCAGGUCUGACGAUUACGUGCAGACUUGAACCAAACACCUCCGAAGGCAUCGGCACACUCCCUGCAACUCCGAUGAGCCUCGAGCGUCGGCUUGGGUGCUUCUGCACUGGGGUCGCUGCCAGCCGGCAGCUGCAGAGGAGGAGGGGGCUCCCUUUUGCUCCUGGCCAAGUUUCUGGCCCUGCCUUCUGCAGAGGUGGCUUCUCGUGAGCACGGAGCUGGGUGGGCUCAAGCGGCAGCAAAGUGCGUCGCCGGGACUGGGGUUUGGUGUUGGCGGGUGUUCAGCAGGGCUGGAUCCCCUUAGGCUUCUGCAGCGGAGCAGCCUGCUCUUUAUUUUUGUGUUUCACGAGAUCAAACCUUUCCACGACGGGGCUGGGCGCUGGGCAGAGGGGUGUCUGCUGGCGGCUCUCAUGUCCAGCUCUCCGGGCCCUUGGGUGGGAUGCCUCCCCGGGAUAGCUCCAGGGCAGGGGCAGUGUCUCGCUGGGGGAACGACCCCCCGAAGCUUUAGCCUUCCCUGGGAAACGCAGGGUGUGUUUGCCCUCGGGCUGCCCCAGGGGUCUGCCCCAAAACGGGGAGGCGCAGCGGUGCUGCGUGGGGUCCUGGCAGUCUCACGGGCACGCUGCGGGGGGCUUUGGGCUGCAGCGGGGUGCAGUUAAAAGGGCAGCUUGUUUCCUCGUCUGGAUUCCCAAUGCCCCACUCAGUGGGUGCACGGGCAGCACCCUGGGUGCUGCUGCCCCCGGGGCUCUGCUAGAGCAGCCAAAACCCAUGCAAGCAGCGCGGGUUCCAAGCAACUACUCCAGGGCGAUCUGUCAUCUCCAUAUACUGGGGCUUUUGUGUUUUACUGAUGUAAACGGUGCAGCCCCUGCAAAUUACCCUUGCUGGCCUGGUAUUUGAAUUCUUCUUUGUUUGACUUCGCUGGCAUCAAUCCACUCCAGCUCGGGAGCCGCGUCUGUUGUGCUUCACCCGUUGAUCUUCCUAUUUAUUUGUAUGUGCUGGCUGCACCCGGUAGUUCUUGUGGGUAUUCCUGUGUAAUCUCGAUAGCAAUUUGGCAUCAUAAAAUAUAUUUCAACUCCCUCGUUCCGGAGCGUUUGAAGCAUCGUUCUGUAUUUCUGCAUGUAUGGAACCCGCUGCCUGAAGGGCAGUCGUCGGACAGAGCAGGGGGCUGGGCAGCGCCGGUGCCGGUGAUGGAGAGGUGCCCCGCGCUGAGCCCGGCACCCGGCUCCUGGGAGAUUCCCCGCGGAGCUGGGGGUGAGGAGGGGGAAGCGUGUGUGUGUGAAUGUGUGUGUGUGUCAGGGAGAGAGAAUGAAGGCAAAUAGCUUUGACCCCAGGCGACGGGAGCAGGUUUCUGACGGCAGGACUUGCAUGAGCUUUCCACAUAGUCUGCAGAAGGACACGUCCUGGUCACCGAGAGCUGAGCGGUGAACCAGGGAACAAAAGUAGAUGCACAAUCUUCCCUUAUUUAUAAGGACCAACAGCACUUGCACUUUAUCAGAGAAACAAACCCUCCCAUCCCUAUGCAUGCCAAGCACACCAACAAGGGAUAACUGCCAGGAGGAAGGAAAGGAGGGACGGGAGAAGGGAAGGGCCAGAGCUGCAAAUGCGGUGAUUUAUGAGGCAGGAUCCUAGCAUCCCAGUGCCUGUCGUAGUAAAGAGAAAUGAACUGUGGUUAUUUUGUUCCCUACCAUUGAUGAAAGCCAAAAAAAAAAAAAAAAAGAAGAAGAAAUGAGAAAUUAAAACAUAGAGCAGUAUUUUAGUGGAAUAGACGGACUGAGCAGGUCUUUUACACUGGGGAAAAGGAGGCAGGCGUGGCGUUUGCAGGCACGUUCCCUCAUGGGCUUUGCCACGUUGCAGCCAUGCUGUCUCACCCCGAGGUCUUUCGGCUGCUGCAGCCACAGGUGAUGGCUCUAGAUGGGCUUCUUCCACCGCUGCCCUGCCCUGGACACAAAGCUUCAUCCUGAGCUGGUGGGAAUUGUGCCGGGUUUGUGGGAAUUGCGCCGGUUUUCGUGGCUCGAGCCAGCCCAAAGCUUGUUCAGCAAUACCGGGAGGUUUUGCAAACGCUCGAGCCAACAGGUACUUUGAAUUGGCCUGAGCAGCGGCGUCUUGCUCCUGUGUGGGGACAGAAAGGACUUGGUCGCCUUUGGAGAUUUAGGGAUUUUUCUGUUGUCCUUCAGAAGUCGAGCUCGUUUUCCAGCCCAAUAGCAUCGCGCAGGUAGCAGGAAAUGUUCCACCGUGAAAUACGGCCCUGUGCUCUGGGCGGCGUCAUUUGCCUUGCGCUGGGCUGAGCGAUGGCGUGCGAGCAGCGGGGUGGUGACCGUCCCUUGUGAACCUCCCCGCUGUGCCUGGGGCGGCCACCUCGCUCUGGGGCCGUGCCGGGGAGUCGCGGGCACGCGUGUGGUGGGGCUCGAUGGAUGUGUAGUAAACCCAGGAGAGCAACUGCAGCCCGGCGUCCGCCACCGCCUAGCAAAACUGUGUUUCCAGAGCGCCCUUUCCCUGGAAAAAGUGAGCUUUUGACUGUGUUUUGUUUCACAGCGCAUCUGGCAGCUUGGAAGAAAAAAGUUUUGCUCCUUGCUUUGCCAUAGACUUCCAGCUAGCUGCUUCUCGUUUCUUUUCAGUUCAUUUUAUGAAUUUCUUAGCCCCUUAGUAAUUACUAAGAAAUGCAUCGCAGCUGCCGAAAGGCUGCCAAAUGCCCCAGACCUGUAGCGGUGUGCCUGUGUGUUGCUUGUGGCUCAGUCGUAGGGAGAGGGUGGCUUGGGACGAGCCCUUCUCACCGCCAGGCUCUGCGGGGAGCCGGCAAAGCUGGCUGCUCCUGGGCCGGGACGGCGGCUGCUCCGCUCCCUCCGGCAGAGGAGGGGCUGCCUCUUCCUCGGGCCCUGCAGCAAGCCCAGACCUCCCGGGGCUGUGCGGGACCUCUCCUCUGCCAAAACCCAUUGCAACCGCCGGGCAGAGGCUGCAGGACUCGCUGCUCCUGCCGAGCGGGGGAGUCGGCGUGACUCCCUGGGCGAGGGCUGCGGGCAGGGCUGCUCGCUGCACCCGGUGCUGGUGGGCUCUUUUCUGCGCCAGGCUAAGCUGGUCUGGGGCUCUGGUCCGAGCCACCACGCUACCGCCCCGCCGGGUACAGCGGGCAGAUCGCCGGGGUUUGGCGCUCAAGUCCCUGAUUUUUGCGGGCUGGGGCGUCCCGAGGGCGGCUCCGUCCCGGGGCGCUCCCGGGCGUGCAGGGCGGAGGGGUCCCGGGCGGCUGCCCGUCUCUCCAGAUCUGAUCAUUUACCUUCAUUCUGUCUUCCCAGCGAGGGAAACGGGCAGCCCGCGGCGGCGGCGAGGCCGUGCGGGGGGCGCGCUCCGCGGGGCUCUCCAGCCUCCAUCGCCGCCGUCGGGGGGUCGGAGCAGCAGCGGCAAAACCGGGGCGGGAGAGUGUCGGGGGCGGAUUUCGGGUUACCUCUUCUCCAUCGGCAGCUCGUUGCGAAGGAAGGUAGUUCAGCUAAAAUGGUAGUUAAAUAGUAGAUAUUCUACACAUAUUAUAUAUUUUGUAAAAAAAAUUAAAAUAAAAUAGAACAAAAAUAUAUAUAUACUAUCUCAGCCCACCCAUUUCAGGAUGAAUGUGGUUGGAAUUUUCAUUCAACCAGGUAUAAAAUCUGUAAGCGAUUUUUUCAAAACCAGCAAGAAAUCCCUCACCAUUUCAGAAGUCCAUGGGUUUGGUCUCCAGAUCUCAUGUAACGCUUCUCACACAUUUUUAAGAAUUAUUCUCAGCAUUUGUAGGUACAUUUUUAAUAGUGUCACGAGUGGAGAUAAUAUUUACUUUGAGAAAAAGUAUACGUUGCACAAAAAAUGUACACUAAGGGCACAGAUUUCUGACCCAGAUUCUUCUAUUUUAGGUUCCAAGGGGUUUAUUUUUUUGUUUGAUAGGACAUGUACAGUGAAGUUUACACUUUAUUUUUAUUUUGCCAAAAACCGUUUUCUAACAUGAGACAGCUUUUACUUUGUAACCGGUUUUACAUCACCAAGUACUCCUUUGUUUUCCCGGGAAAGCCCUGCACCGUGAGACAUCCAGCGCGUACGUGUGCGAUGCUCCUGCAGGCGCCCUGGGCACGGGCAGCCCUGGCCGCGGCCGGCCAGCC